CGGCUUUUUUGCUUUCCCCUCCCCAACUGAAAAGCGUCUUCCGCCAAAGGACCGGGUGCAGCCGGGGAAUCCCCUCCGGCCCGGCCGCUUUCACCGUCCCCAAAUUCCCGUCUUAGUAAUUGCUUUUUAGGUACCCCAGCGGGGAGUGAGAGGAGGGCGCUGUGGCCUCCGGUUUCUCGGCCUCUCUCCCCUCCCGGCCCGAAAAUAUGAGGGCAGCCCUUGCUGAACACGCCUGAAGGGAGGGACCCCCGAGGCUCCUCCCGCGCCGCUCCAAGUGCCUUCUAGGCGCACGCCCGCCGGAGCGGGAGAUGGAUAGGACUGAGCUGGAUGGCAGCAGCAGCACAGAAGCUCCCCAGCAAUGCUGCCGGGAGGCUGAGCGGGCUGUCGGUGAAGUGGCGGGAGCGGCUAUGGAGGAGUCCGCAGCGGAGACUCCUUCUUCAGGGGACUCGGUUGCUUCGACCCCCAAGGCCGUCAGCCCUGUCAGCGCUCCCCAACAGGAGCUGAAGCAGCAGCAGCAGCAAGGGGUCAAGAGGCACCACCACAAGCACAACCUGAAACAUCGCUACGAGUUGCAAGAAACGCUGGGCAAGGGUACCUAUGGCAAAGUCAAGAGGGCCAUCGAGAGGUUCUCAGGCAGAGUGGUUGCAAUAAAAUCCAUCCGUAAGGACAAAAUUAAGGAUGAACAAGAUAUGGUUCACAUCAGACGGGAGAUUGAGAUUAUGUCAUCCCUCAGCCAUCCUCAUAUCAUCACCAUAUAUGAAGUAUUUGAGAACAAAGAUAAAAUAGUGAUCAUCAUGGAAUAUGCAAGUAAAGGGGAAUUGUAUGAUUACAUCAGUGAGAGGCGAAGGCUAAAUGAAAGGGAGACAAGACACUUUUUCCGGCAAAUUGUUUCAGCAGUUCAUUAUUGUCAUAAGAAUGGUGUCGUUCACAGGGAUUUAAAACUGGAAAAUAUUCUUCUUGAUGACAAUUGUAACAUCAAGAUUGCAGACUUUGGUCUUUCAAAUCUUUAUCAGAAGGAUAAAUUUCUCCAGACUUUCUGUGGAAGUCCACUAUAUGCAUCUCCUGAAAUUGUUAACGGAAGACCUUAUCGAGGACCAGAGGUUGACAGCUGGGCUCUUGGUGUUUUACUUUAUACUCUGGUUUAUGGAACAAUGCCCUUUGAUGGCUUUGAUCACAAAAAUCUGAUCAGGCAGAUCAGUAGUGGAGAAUAUCGUGAGCCAACACAGCCCUCAGAUGCUCGCGGCCUGAUCAGAUGGAUGCUGAUGGUGAAUCCUGAGCGCAGAGCAACCAUUGAAGACAUUGCCAACCACUGGUGGGUUAACUGGGGCUAUAAGAGUACUGUUUGUGAUUGUGAUGCCUUGCAAGACUCUGAGUCCCCUCUGCUGUCUAGAUUCAUAGACUGGCAUCAUCGAUCCAGUGGCCUCCAGCCAGAGACUGAGACCAAAAUGAAGUGCCUUUCUAAACCAAAAGGAUCCGAAGUCCAUUUAGAGAGACAGAGAUCCCUCAAAAAAUCAAAGAAGGAAAAUGACAUUGCACAGUCUAUCCAAGAAGGAGUUGACAGCUCCUGCAAAUUAAAUUCCAAGAGGCCAAAAGGUAUUUUGAAGAAGAGGAGCAAUAGUGAACAUCGAUCUCACAGUGCAGGAUUCAUAGAAGGAGUAGUCAAUCCAGUAUUGCCCUCCACUUUUAAAAAAGAACAGGAAUUAUGUAGAACAGGUAUGCCAAUUAAGAGUGUUUUGGAAGGGGAUAUAACGGGUAAAUACAGCACUAAGCAGUCUUCUUUAAUGCCAAAAAAGGGAAUCCUCAAGAAGACUCAGCAAAGAGAAUCGGGAUACUACUCAUCUCCAGAACGGAGUGAAUCUUCAGAACUCCUGAAUCAUAAUGAGGAGGUAGGAAACAGUGAUACAUCCCCAAAUAUCAUCGAAACGUUAAGGAUAGAGUCUUACAGUCAUUCCUACAGACGGAAGGGUAUUUUAAAACACAGUAGCAAGUAUUCCACCACUACUGCACAUUCAGCUUUGAUCCAUUCUGAUAGACCAGUCACGAAAGGCAUGGAGGAAGCAGGUCUGGCUGUAGAUGGAUUAUCUCGAAGUUACAGUCGCCCUUCUAGUGUGAUUAGUGAUGACAGCAUUCUUUCCAGUGACUCUUUUGACUUGGUAGACUUGCAAGAGAACAAACUUAAAAUAAAAAGCUGUGUGUCUGCUGAAAACUUCCUCCAGAUCCAAGAUUUCCAAGGACUUCAAAAAAACCGCUCACGACCACAGUACCUGAAGCGCUACCGAAAUCGGACAAGUGAUAGUUUUUCUCUUCUUACAGACAUGGAUGAUGUCACUCAGGUCUACAAGAAGGCUCUAGAGAUCUGUAAUAAAUUUAAUUAGCAGAUGGGGAAAAAGUAGGACUGGAGAGAAAGGGUCUUGGAUACCUUUAUGAUGGAGUUGACCCAAUUAUCAAUUAGCUGAAAGUAACAACAUUGUUAUAAGGAGAAGCCCUUUGAAAAUACCACCUCAUGCUUAUUAUUCAAACUUGGAGUUCAUGCAAUUAAAAUACUACCUAAUGUACAAAGAAAUUAUGGUAAUAUAUGAAGAAAACUCUCUGGCAGAUAGAAAAAAAAUAAAAUCUUCCAGUGUAGUAAGUUGAAACUAGAUAAAAUGUAAACUGAAAAAAGGUACUUUUCAUUUUUGUUAGAGAAGGUAACUAACUAGUGGAAAAGCUAUAACUUUAAGAGUAAAAAAUAAUCAACAGUUAAAAAUAAUAAAUUAUUGGCGAAUGGAUUUAUCAGUAUCUAUACUGAUGAAUUAAACUUCAGCUAAGUUAAUAAAAGUUCUUGAAUUUCAACCAAAGGAGAUCCUAACUGAAAAAUACAUGCAAAAAGGCCUGGGCUAAAAACUUUGUGGGCAUACUUGCCCAGCCAUUUAUUGGAAAUGCUGGUUAUAAUAUUUUUCUUUUGAAAAGCAUUUAGCAAUUUAAGUGGGAAAUAUUUCAUUUUUUAUAGAACUUCAGUUAGCAAGAAAUAGUAAUGUAGUAAAAAUGAUGAGUUGAGAGACAAGAACCAUAUUCUUUUCCCAUUAGUGGGGACUCUGGAAAUCUGUAUGUCUGCAAUUAAAAAUAAAUUGUUUGAAGUGCCAAGAACCUUUAACAAGUUUCUUUUCACCACUUGUGCGUUUAUGUAAGUUAUAGGAACCAUAAAGUUUUUCUAAAGGACUUUGUUAUGCAAAGUGAUCUAAUGCUGAUUUAAUGAGCUGCAGAAUUUAAGUUUUAUCAAAGACUUUGAGUUUAGUUAUUGCAGACCUCAGUUUAGGACAGAUUUCCAGAGCCCUGUUAAUAGGCAGUGGUGUGAAUGGCUAGAUGAAACAAAGUGAUGAGGAUGACUAGAAGGAAUACACCCAAAGGU